UUUUCCAGACUCCGUCAUCGCCGAGUACGAAAAGGCUUCUUGGGAAAACCUGCUUGGUAUCACAUCGCAAUUGUGUCCCCCUCGUGACGGCAAAGAAACCUCGGCCAACAUGGGCGUUGAUACUGAUCCCGCUAAGAACCAAGACGACGCGCACAAGGUCGGCUCGCCUUCGGUCGCUGCGCGAGAUGGCAGCCUCGACAUCCACGGCAUCGAUGACGUCGCAAUAAUCCCCAAGGGCGCGCUGGACCCCGUGUACGAGGCCAAGGCUCGGGUCCUCAACCGCGCUAUACAAGACAUCGGCAUGGGAUGGUAUCAAUGGCAGCUCUUCAUCGUCGUCGGGUUCGGCUGGGCUAGCGACAACCUAUGGCCCAUCGUCACGUCGCUGAUCUUCACCCCUAUCACGAACGAAUUCGGUCCGUCUCGGCCUCCUCUCCUCACGCUUUCACAGAACAUCGGUCUCUUGGCAGGCGCCAUGUUCUGGGGCUUCGGAUGCGACCUCUUCGGUCGAAAAUGGGCCUUCAAUCUUACUCUGGGUCUUACCGCGUUCUGGGGGUUGGUCGCAGCCGGAGCUCCCAGCUUUGCCGGCAUUGGCGUCUUUGCGGCUUUCUGGUCGUUUGGCGUUGGCGGCAACCUCCCCGUCGAUUCUGCCAUCUUCCUCGAGUUUCUCCCGGCAACCCAUCAGUACUUGCUGACGGUGCUGUCCGUCGACUGGGCCAUCGCCCAAGUUGUUGCCACCUUGAUCGCCUGGCCACUCCUCGGCAAUCUGACAUGUCAAGAAGGCGUCAUAUGCACCAAGUCGGAUAACAUGGGAUGGCGGUACUUCAUGAUCACCGUCGGUGGAUUGACCCUGCUUAUGUUCCUAAUCCGCUUCCUUCUGUUCACCAUAUUCGAGUCGCCAAAGUAUCUCAUGGGAAAGGGUCGGGACGAAGACGCCGUCCGGAUUGUCCACGAAGUCGCAAGGCGGAACGGCAAGAUCACAUCUCUGUCGAUUGAGGAUCUCAGGGCGUGUGAGCCGGAAGGGUAUGUUGCGCGGACCGACGCUGCUACAGCCGUCAAAAGAAACUUGGAGAAGGUCGACCUCAGCCGUAUACGUAUCUUGUUCUCGACACGUCGUCUGGCGUUGAGCACCGGCACCAUCAUGGCUAUCUGGGCGCUCAUCGGUCUCGGCUAUCCUCUCUACAACGCGUUCAUACCCUACAUUCAGGCAACACGAGGCGCGGAGCUCGGCGAUGGCAGCACGUAUCUGACGUACCGCAACAGCCUGAUAAUCGCCGUGCUGGGUGUCCCCGGCGCCCUGCUUGGAGGUUGGCUGGUCGAGUUGCCGGUGCUGGGAAGAAAAGGCACGCUUGCCAUCAGCACCAUUCUGACGGGCGUCUUUCUCUACUGUUCCACGACCGCCAUGACGAGCAACGCGCUCCUCGGGUGGAAUUGCGCCUUCAACUUUUGCAGCAACGUCAUGUACGCUGUUCUCUACGGAUUCACGCCCGAGCUGUUCCCAACGCCGCAGCGCGGGACCGGCAAUGCCCUCACGGCGACAUGCAAUCGCAUUUUCGGUAUCAUGGCGGUAAGUCGCGGUUGUUGUCCGGCCUCUCGGCGGGUGGAUGGGUACUGAUUCAGUCUUGCACAGCCCAUCGUCGCCAUGUUUGCUAAUCUCAAGACGUCGGCGCCGGUGUAUACUAGUGGCGCUCUGUUCAUCGCCGCCGGGCUCUUGGUGCUGAUAUUACCGUUCGAGUCGAGAGGAAAGGCAGCUUUGUGAGACGACUUAUUAAUUGGUUGUUCUGCGACACGCGGAGCACCGCAAUAUUCCAAUCUUACGCCAAGACGCAAAACGCAUGAGUCGUGCUGCUCGGUUUGCAUCCUCAUGUUCUGCCGGCGGCCUAUUUGACGUACGUCGGCGUGAUGCCGCUCCGGAACUCGGCCUUUGCCCGCGGCGUCGGUUAGCUGCGUAUCUGUUCAUUACUGCAACCUGCAUAGCUGGGCUCUUGGCGAGCGUGGUCGGGGGAGCCUCAGUCCCGACCAUCGGCACUUCAAUCUUCAACCGUGGACCUCGUUGUCGUCCAUCGGAGAGAUUCGAUACGUCAAUGGCAAAUGCAAUAUGUCGUUACGGGUCCUAGAGUCUUGGCGACAAGGCCCGUUAUCUGCGCCCAUGGGGGACUCCCCCGCUUUCCCCUCACCUCAUCUUUCCCGAGCUGCCUCUUGUAGUUUCGUUGCCAAUGUUUGACACCAGUUCGGAUGGAACCUUUGAUCAUCGCCGUGA